AUGGAGAGCCCUUAUGACAAGCUGAAACGCACCACAUUAAAGGAUCUGCUAGAAAUCCGAGGUGGGAACGCCUGCAACCAACCUAGGAGGGAGCUGAUCGCAGAACUGACAGAACUGGAUCAAAGCCUGACAAUGACGGAGGCUCUGAUGUCCGUUAGCAAAGUAAAGAACAGGAUUGUCGGGGAGAGGCUCUCCUGGUUCAGCCUGAACCCGACUAUGGAAUUAAUACAGCAAACUAUGGCACAAGUGGAUGUGGAGAUCCGAAAAGCCAGAGCACACAAGCUCAGCCUGUGCACACCCCAGCAAAACCCAUCUGCAGGGAUG